AUGUCAAGCACAACAAUCGAUGAUAUCGUCAAGCGGCUCAGCUCCCCCGAAAUUGAUGCUAGAGUAAAGGUAGAAGCGGCGACUACCUUACGCGACAGCUUAGAUCACUACACGACCGGUCCGAUCUACGCACCCUUCCUAAAGAAGGUCGUCCCCAUCUUCAUCAACACCCUCAGAGGACCAUGCAUCUUCCAAAGCAACUCUCCGGAGCAGAAACUCCGCAAUUGCAUCCUCGAGAUCCUCCACCGACUGCCGACGACGCCUAACCCAGUCGAGCCAUUCGAACCCUUCGCCGAAGAAGUCGUCGACUUGCUGAUGCAACUGGUGCGGACGGACAACGAGGAAAAUGCGACUCUGUGCGUCAAGAUCAUCUCUGAUGUCAUGCGCCAUCAGCAUAAGGUCUUGGGCAGCAAAGUCCAGGCCUUCCUGAACCUCAUUCAGGAGCUGUUUGAGCAAAUGGAGAAGGUCGUCCGCGAGCAGUUGGACAACACAUCUCUUUCGACAACGGCGAGCACCGGUGCGCCAUCAACUCCCGGAAGCUCACAGACGAAUUUCCAAUCUCCUCGACCCGGCUCGCCCGUGGCAUCAGUCACAGACCUCGGACCGGACCCGUCACAACAGAACAGACUAUUGCUUAAGGGUAUGCAGUCGUUCAAGGUCCUGUCAGAAUGCCCGAUCAUCGUCGUCUCCGUCUUCCAGGUCUAUCGGAAUACAGUUGCUGCCAAUGUCAAGGCCUUCGUACCUCUGAUUAAGGGGUUCCUGUGCCUUCAAGCAAGCGCACAGAAGCAGGCUCACGCCGACGCCAAGGCCAAGGGGCAGAUUUUCACUGGAGUCAGCCCACUGAUUAAGAAUCGUGCUGCUUUUGGAGAAUUCAUCACAGCCCAGGUUAAGACCAUGAGCUUCCUCGCCUAUUUGCUGAGACAGUAUUCACAGCAAUUGACCGAUUUCUUGCCGACCCUACCCGAGAUCGUGGUACGGCUACUCCAGGAUUGUCCGCGAGAGAAGUCAAGCGCGCGUAAGGAGCUCCUUGUUGCCAUUAGGCAUAUUAUCAACUUCAACUUUCGCAAGAUUUUCCUGCCGAAGAUCGAUGAACUCCUUGACGAGAAGACACUCAUUGGCGACGGACUGACUGUUUACGAGACCAUGAGGCCAUUAGCCUACAGCAUGCUGGCGGAUCUCAUUCACCACGUCCGUGAUAGUCUCACGCCGGAACAGAUUCGCAAGACGGUCGAGGUCUACACCAAGAACCUUCAGGACAACUUCCCUGGGACGAGUUUUCAAACCAUGAGUGCGAAGCUCCUCCUGAAUAUGGCGGAGUGCAUCGCAAAGAUGCCCAACAAGGUCGACGCACGGCACUAUCUGAUCAUGAUCCUCAACGCCAUCGGCGACAAAUUCGUGGCCAUGAACCGACAAUAUCCCAAUGCAGUGAAGCUUUCGAAACUGUACGCCCAACAAGCCGCUGAUGGAGCCCAGGACAGCUACCUCGCGGAAAAGGAACACCCUCCGGACUGGGAUGAGACAGACAUUUUCACUGCCAUGCCAAUCAAGACCUCCAAUCCCAGGGAUAGAGGACAGGAUCCCGUCGUCGACAAUAAGUUCUUGUUCAAAAACCUCAUGAACGGUCUUAAGAACACUUUCUAUCAGUUGAGGACUUGUAACGUCAAUGCCAACGUCGAUCUCACGAACGCGCCUGCGCACUGGCAAGACGUGGCUUAUGGAUUUACCGCCGAAGAAGUCAACGUCAUCGUAAAGCUGUUCAGGGAGGGAGCGUAUGUCUUCCGUUAUUACGAAAUCGAGAAGCCAGCCACCGAGUCCCAGUACAUGUCACCUGUCGAGUACAUGGCCAACUUCUACAUGGUUUCUAGCAGCAAGGAGGAGAAGGACCUACUCGAGACGUUUGCCACCGUCUUCCACUGCAUCGACCCCGCAACUUUCCACGAAGUCUUCCAGCAAGAGAUCCCUCAUCUGUAUGACAUGAUCUUUGAGCACACCGCAUUGCUCCACAUUCCGCAAUUCUUCCUUGCCAGCGAGGCUACCUCGCCUAGCUUUUGCGGCAUGCUGUUGCGCUUUCUGAUGGAAAGGAUCGACCAGGUUGGUUCCGCCGACGUGAAGAGGUCAUCGAUUCUCCUGAGACUAUUCAAGCUGGCGUUUAUGGCGGUCACUCUGUUCGCCACUCAGAACGAACAAGUCCUGCUUCCUCACGUUGUUGACAUUGUCACCAAGUCCAUCGAGCUAUCCACCAAGGCGGAAGAGCCCAUGAACUACUUUCUCCUUCUGAGAUCGCUGUUCCGAAGUAUUGGUGGUGGCAAGUUCGAACACCUCUACAAGCAAAUUCUGCCGUUGCUCGAAAUGCUCCUGGAUGUACUCAACAACCUCCUCCUGGCUGCGCGGAAGCCCGCUGAGCGGGACCUCUAUGUUGAGCUGUGCUUGACAGUGCCAGCACGACUGAGUAAUCUGCUACCUCAUCUCAGCUUCUUGAUGCGUCCGCUGGUCGUUGCGCUGCGGGCCGGUACCGAUCUCGUUGGCCAAGGUCUACGAACAUUGGAGCUUUGCGUCGAUAACCUCACAGCGGACUAUCUCGAUCCCAUCAUGGCGCCUGUCAUUGAUGAACUCAUGACAGCGCUGUUCGAUCACCUGAAGCCCCACCCUUACAGCCACUUCCACGCGCAUACGACGAUGCGUAUCCUCGGCAAGCUUGGCGGUCGCAACCGAAAGUUCAUGACCGAUGCGCAGCCCCUGACUUACCAGAACCACGCCGACGACCCCACAAGCUUCGACCUUCGUCUGAUUGGGUCUAAGAAGGACAGAGCUUUCCCCGCAGAAACAGGCGUGGACUUCGCCAUUCGCAAGUUGAUGGAGCAGCCCAAGGGCAGCAAGGCAAACCAGUCUCGUCAAUACGAUGGAUACUACAAGAAGCAGUCAUUCCACUUCAUCAAGUUCCAGCUCAAAUUACGCAUUGGUUUCGAGAACCUGCCGGACGACCUGCCUAGAAUCUUACGCCUUCAGGUUCAGGACAUGCUUCAGAGGAAUAUCGACAUCGAAUUUUCGGCCUUUGAGACCUCUGACAGGGAUAGGUCAAUUCCGAAGAAGGAUGAGCAAGACGAUCUCCUCCGGCGUUUGCUGAAAGCAGUCAUGUUCGCAGAGUCUCUGCCUGAAUUCAAGGAAGAAGCAAACGCUUUCCUCAUGAACCUCUGCAAGCACUUCACCAUCAUCGAGGUCGGCCGGUCUCUGGUGGAAAUGAAGCGAACUCUGAAUCCGUUCAACCCCAAUGCAGGAGAGGGCCCAUUGUUCAUUGAUACCCGGGUACUCUCUGACGCUAUUGUGGAAUCGUUGGCUUCGGAUCAUCCAGAGGUGCGAGAGUCUGCGCAGCGCGCAAUCCGUGAGGUCUACGACUCUUCUGCUACCAUCUUUGGGUCCCAGCAGCAUGUGGCAAGGUUGGCAUUCUUCAACCACCUCAGCUCAACAUUUUGCCAUGGCUGCUACGAGGAGGAGUGGUUCACGAAGACUGGCGGCUCUUUGGGCAUCAACUUUCUCCUGACAGAGUUGGAUCUGGGCGACCAGUGGAUCCUGAGCAAGCAGACUGAGUUCAUCAGGGCUCUCAUGUACGUCAUCAAGGACAUGCCGCAAGAUCUCCCCGAGAAGACCAGAAGGUCUGCGCAAGUCACUUUGGAGACGCUCUUGCAGAGAAUUACGAAGAACAUCAAGAAGGAGGAUGCACUUCCCCCGACAAACCAAGUUCCAGGUCAGCCGCCACAGAGAUCUCGUCUCGCUCAGAUCUGCAUGCAGUUCAACACGGAGCUGUCUCACAUGAACCGUCACGUUCGUGAGACUGCGAAGCGAUCUUUGGAACUCAUUGCCAAGGCAGUCGACUGUCCUGUGUGGGAGUUGAUCGAGCCUUACAAGGAGCGCUUCCUCCAACCCAUCUACUCCAAGCCUCUUCGUGCUUUGCCCUUUCCCAUACAGAUCGGUUACAUUGACGCGAUGACGUAUCACAUGACGCUGAGGAAAGAAUGGGUUACGUUUGACGAUAAUCUGACCAGACUACUUAUGGAGUCCCUGGCUCUAGCUGAUGCUAGUGAUGAGUCUCUCGCCAACAAGCCCGGAGAAUUCCGAACACACGAGUACAUUGUCAACCUCCGUGUUGCAUGCAUCAACAUCCUGAGCACUGCUACCAGCUUUGAGGAAUUUGCACCACUGAAGCAAGGCAGCCACCCCACUCGCUCUAAGAUCGUCUCGGUCUUCUUCAAAUGCCUGUACUCCGACUCCAAGGCUACCAUUGAUGCAGCCAACAGCGCCCUCAAGACCACACUUGAAGCCCACCAGAAGCUACCUAAAGAUCUCUUGCAGGGUGGCCUUCGACCUGUUCUCGCCAGUCUACAAGAUGCUAAGAAGCUUACCACCCAUGGACUCGACAACCUCGGUCGACUUUUGAAGCUUCUAACUACAUACUUCAAGGUCGAGAUUGGUGCACGGCUGCUCGACCACGUCAAGAUUCUGGCGUCACCAGAGGUCCUGCAACCACUCGCCUUUACUUUCUUCGAGCAGAACCAGCAGAUGAAGAUCGUCGCCGCGGUCUUCAACAUCUUCCAUCUCCUUCCCCCUCAGGCGGAGGGCUUUAAGCAAAGACUCAUUGACCUGUCCUUGGAGCUUGAGGAGAAGCUGCGACGUACUCACGAGAGUCCCUUCCGUGCACCUUUGUACAAGUUCAUCAACCGUUAUCCCAAUGAGGUUUGGAACUUUCUUCUGCCAAAGCUUGAGGAUCUCAAGUACGGACGGUUCCUAUCGCAGGUGAUCCGACAUGCGGACAGCGCCCCUCUACGAGAGACGGUGUCUGGCAACGUACAAGCCCUGAUCGACUUCUGUAACAGCACCAUUCAACAGAAUAAGGACACGAAGUUUGUUGCUGUCGUAAACGCCAUCCACAUUCUCUACUCUCUGACUCUGACUCCCGGAUCAGACUCGUGGUUGGAGAAGAAGGAGCACUUGAAUUGGUUGAAGCAGGUCGGCAAGGAGCUGGAGAAGCAAAUGCGAGCGCACACCCUCCCGCCCAACCUCAGACUUCCCGCUUGUCAAGCAUCAGACCAGUUGAUGACGAUCUUCAUCAAGUCCUUGGGUCGCAACCCCCGAGAUCUGGAGCCCCUUUUCAGCUUGGUGGACUCGGUUACGACGGACGAUUUCCGCGCCUCGCAGCCUCUGAUCGCGUACAUCUACAAGAGCAUUAUCUGCAGCGACUCGGUGGAUUUCUGGAAGGCAACCGUUCUCAAGUGUCUUGAGGCAUACCCUUCCAAGAAUGUCUCCCAGAAGAUGAAGUGCUUCUUGCUGCACUACAUCAUCAACCCCAUCGUUGCCAUGGAUGUCCAGCGACAUUGGAACCAGCCGCCUCAGACUAAGGGUCGAUUCAUGGACAAGACGAUAAUCGACGCGAUCACUGCCAAGAUCUGGAAGACGCACCAGGACACGAGUCAACAUGAUCACGACGACAUUGCACAGCCCGGCAUCGACCACACGAAGUUUGAAGUUCUCCAGCUGUCCGCCAUGCUGGUCAAGUACCAUUCCCACAUCUUCCAGGAGGCGAGAAAGGACAUCAUUAAGAGCUGUUGGACUUUCAUCCGUCUUGACGAUGUCAUCAACAAGCACGCCGCAUAUGUCGUGAUCGGUUACUUUAUCGCGCUUUAUGAAACGCCCGUCAAGAUCGUGACUCAGGUGUAUCUCUCCCUACUGAGGACAAACCAAAACGAGGGCAGGGCUCUGGUCACCCAAGCUUUGGAGUUGAUCGCUCCCGUCUUGCCCAAGCGGCUUGGUACCCAAGGAGUCAACGACAGAAAUGCCGUUGGUUGGGCGUUGGCGCCUCGAAAGAUCCUUGCCGACGAAGGCCAGAAUGUGCAGCAGAUGACAAGCAUUUUCCACUUCCUCGUCAAGCACCCGGAACUGUUUUAUGAGACUAGGGAUAAAUACGCUAUGCUCAUUAUCCAGUCUUUGAGAAAGGUUGCAGCUCCUCCCAAUCCGUCAAACGAGUCCAAGAAACUUGCUUUGAAUAUGAUGUGGUUGAUUUGGCUCUGGGAGCAAAGGCGUGUCGAGGGCAAAGGAGAUGCCGUAUCGCGUUCUCUAUCUGAAUCGCCGCAGUCCAAGAAGCGAAAGCUCGACAGCGACCAGCCUACGUCCUCCCCCCCUGCUGCUAGGCAAGCCCAUCCUGAGAGGGCAGAGUACGUCAUUCCGCCAAUCGCUCGGCAGAGAAUGGUUAAGUACCUCGUCGAGUUCAUUGCCCAGCUGAAUGAGCGCUACCAACUUCCCUCCACACGGGCCAGGGAUUCAGUCACCACAAAUGGCCCAGCCAUGCCGCCCGCCUCCACUGAACUCUGCAAGAAGGCCAUGACUCUGUUCUACAACCUCAUUCAGCCCCAGUACUGGGGUGACCUGGACGUGGAUCUCUUCCCUAACGUCACUGAAGUUGUUUUGGCCAGCGAGAAGACGCAGAACAUUCUGUCGGCAGACCCCGGCGACAAGGAGAAGUUCGACGAGAAGUUCAUCACGAACAUCAUCAACACUCUUCAAGUUGUGCGCAUUAUUUUGAACUUCAAGUCGGAUGACUGGAUUCAAAAGAAUAUGACCCAGAUUCAGAAGGUCCUGGACAAAUGCCUGAAGAGCGAAAACCCUGAGCUUCAAGACUGUCUCCACCUCGCAGACAAAAAAUACGACGACGACCGUGACCUCAAGUCAAUAAUCCAGCGAGUUCUCGACGCCGUUCCUGAGGACGUCCCCAUGGAUGACGCCGAUGCCGAAGGCGAAUCCGAGGCCCAGACCUCUGAGAUUGUUCAGUCUCUGUCAACAAUUGCUGGUGAAGCCAUGGCUGCCGGCAACUACGGAUCUGGUGUCAACAUCUUGUGGUCUCUGGGCAACCGCAAGCCUGCCGUCAUCGACCAGCACAUCGCUGUGCUUAUGAAGGCUCUGCAAAGCAAGCUCGCGCGUGAGCACGUUCAGCACUACACCGCCGUCGCUAAUCAUCAACCUGGACAGCCUGCUCGGCCUCAGGACCCCAACGCGCCAACAGGAGAGAUGUCGAGCUAUGAUCUCGAGGUUUCCACGGCCCUCAUGCUCAAGGCCAUCCAAGUCGUUGCCUUGAGAAUGGAAGUUUUGGGAGACAACAGACGCCCUUUCCUCAGCGUCUUGGCGACACUUGUUGAGAAGUCGAUGCACAUUCCACUAUGCGAAGAGAUUCUCAACAUGGUGGAGGGCUGGGUCUUCCGUUCCGAAGGCACCUGGCCCACUUUGAAGGAAAAGACUGCCGUUCUUCACAAGAUGCUUUCCUUCGAGCACCGGCAAGACCCGACCAUGCUGACGAAGUUCUUGGAGCUGGUUAUUCGCAUCUACGAAGAUCCCAAGAUUACGAGAACUGAGUUGACAGUCCGGAUGGAGCAUGCUUUCCUCAUUGGCACCAGGGCUCAAGAUGUCGACAUGCGUAACCGCUUCAUGGCCAUCUUCGAUAAGAGUCUCUCAAAGACCGCUAGCGCUCGACUGAACUACGUCCUCACUGCUCAAAACUGGGAUACGUUAGGCGAAAGCUACUGGCUGGCUCAAGCAUCGCACCUGCUUCUCGGCGCAGUAGAGUUGAACAACAGCAUUCAGCUUCACCACGAGGAUUUCAAGACGAUGUCCAUCAACGCUCUCUGCUCCAUCCACGCCAAGGACAACCGGGAACCCACCGCUAUGCCCGAUGACAAGUUCGAUACCCUAAUGGCCACCCACCGUCGCUUCAUGGUCGAGAUCGGUGACGUGAAGGUUCGCGAUCUCAUUGAACCCUUGACUCAACUUCAGCACGUCGACUCGACUCUGGCCCACCAGCUGUGGGUUGCAAUCUUCCCCAUUUACUGGUCUGCGGCCACGAGGGAGGAACGCACUGAUCUCGAGCGCGGUAUGGUUGCGCUCCUAACGAAGGACUACCAUAGCCGCCAGAUCGACAAGCGACCGAACGUGGUCCAAUCUCUGCUUGAAGGCGCCGCAAAGGCCUGGCCUGAUUGCAGGAUCCCACCGCACGUUCUCAAGUAUGAAGCCAAAACCUACGAUGCGUGGUAUACUGCGCUCGUUCAGCUCGAGAACGCUGCGAUCAAGCCCGAGAUCGAGUCCGCGGUCGUGAGGGAAAGCAACCUCGAUGCCCUUGUGGAAUUGUACGCGUCGCUGCAAGAAGACGAUCUGUUUUACGGUACUUGGCGCAGACGUUGCCAGUUUGUUGAGACUAACGCCGCUCUGUCUUACGAGCAAACCGGAAUGUGGGACAAGGCUCAGAAGAUGUACGAGGCCGCUCAGAUCAAAGCUCGAACUGGUGUCAUACCCUUUUCCCAAGCAGAGUACGUGCUCUGGGAGGAUCACUGGGUGCUGUGUGCCCAAAAGUUGCAGCAAUGGGAGAUUCUUCAGGACUUCGCCAAACACGAGAACUUCCAGGACUUGCUCUUGGAAUGCGCGUGGAGGAACAACACCGAGAUGUGGCAGACCCCAGAAAACCGGGAGGCUCUGGACAACUUGAUCAAGGGUGUUAUGGAUGCUCCCACUCCUCGUCGCGCUUUCUUCCAGGCCUUCAUGUCGCUCCUGAAGUACUACAACAAGCAGGAGAACGCCCAGGAAUUCGCCAAGUCGUGCGACGAGGCCAUCCAGCUGUCGAUUAGGAAAUGGCACCAGUUGCCGAAGCAACUCACCAAAGCGCAUAUUCCGCUGCUUCAGAACUUCCAGCAGCUGGUUGAGUUGCACGAUGCCAGUGUCAUCUGCAACAGUCUGGCGGGAACUAACGCUUCUAAUCUUGACGUCAAAUCUGGAGAACUCAAACUCCUGCUCGGUGCUUGGCGUGACCGUCUACCUAACGUUUGGGACGACAUCACAGCCUGGCAGGAUCUCGUCACUUGGCGUCAACACAUCUUCGGCCUCAUCAAUAACACGUACCUGGCCCUGCUGCCCCCUAAUUCGGGCCAGAACGCUAGUGGUGCCUCAUUCGCCUAUCGCGGUUACCACGAGACGGCUUGGAUCAUCAACCGUUUCGCGCACGUUGCUCGCAAGCACAGUCUGCCGGAAGUCUGCAUCACCCAGCUGAGUAGGAUUUAUACUCUUCCCAACAUAGAGAUCCAGGAAGCUUUCCUUAAAUUGAGGGAGCAAGCUAAAUGCCACUAUGAGAACCCCGAGGAGCUCACCAGCGGGUUGGAUGUCAUCAACAACACCAAUCUCAACUAUUUCAACCCGCCGCAGAAAGCCGAGUUCUACACGCUCAAGGGGAUGUUCCUGGAAAAACUCAAACAGAAGGAAGAGGCCGACUCCGCUUACGGCACGGCACUGUACUUCGACAUCACCGCCGCGAAGGCCUGGGCUGAGUGGGGUUACUUCAACGAGCGCAAGUACAAGGAGGAUCCGUCGGACAUCAACUCUGCACGACAAGCUCUCACGUCCUACCUGCAAGCCGCUGGAAGCUACAAGAAUGCCAAGUCACGCAAGCUCAUUGCUCGCAUCUUGUGGCUUCUCAGCCUCGACGAUGCCAAUGGUUCCAUCGCUGCUGGUUUCGACGACUUCAAGGGCGAGACUCCUGUCUGGUACUGGAUCACCUUCAUUCCUCAGCUUCUCACAGGUCUUGGUCACAAGGAGGCGCCAAGGGUACACCAGAUUCUCGUUAAGAUUGCAAGAUCCUACCCCCAGGCGUUGUACUUCCAGCUCCGCACCAACAGAGAAGAUAUGUUGGUUAUCAAGAAGAACCAGGAGGCAAAGGAGAAGGCGCGCCAGCGUGCUCAAUCGACGGUUUCCAACGGCAAGCCGAGCGCAUCGCCUCAACAACCCAAACAAGACGGUGUUGCGAAGCCCGACGCCUCUGGCUCACGACCCGGCACUGCCAGCGGCGGAGAUGGCAAUGCCAACGUUAAGACCGAGGGUAAUGAUGCCAACGGAACUCCUGCCGCCCAGGGUAACGGCGCCAAUGGCCAGACAGACCAGCAAUCCGCUGCGGGCCAGAAGAAGCCUCCUUGGGAACUCACCGAGGAAAUCAUGAGUGCCCUGAAGACAGCUUUCCCUCUCCUCGCUCUGUCUAUGGAGACGAUGGUGGACCAAAUCCAAAAGCACUUCAAGUGCCCUCCCGAUGAGGAUGCCUACCGACUCAUCGUCGCACUGCUCAACGAUGCGCUGGCGUAUGUCAGCCGCAUGCCUUCCUCUUUUGCGAAGGACGUGAAGCUGCCUUCCGCUACGGAGACGAACAUCACCCGCUUUGCCGAAACGAUUCUUCCCCCUCACAUCAAGAAGUCGUUUGAAACGGACUUUGUGGAGGUCAAGCCGACAAUGCACGAGUACAUCCACAAGCUUCGCCGUUGGCGCAACAAGUUUGAAGAGAAGCUGGACCGCAGAACGACACGGGUGUCCCUGGAGCAAUUCUCGCCUCACCUCUCGGAAUUCCGCUACCAGAGAUUCGACGACGUCGAGAUUCCUGGGCAAUACCUGCAACAUAAGGACAAGAACCAGGAUUUCAUCCGUAUUGAGCGAUUUUUGCCCAACGUUGAUCUGGUGAGGUCCAUCAGCGCUUCGUACCGUCGCAUCCAAAUGCGCGGCCAUGACGGAAGCGUUCACUCCUGGACUGUGCAGCACCCGGCAGCCAGACAUUGCCGCCGCGAGGAGCGCAUCCUGCAGCUCUUCCGACAACUGAACCAGACUUUGGGAAGAAGAAAGGAGAGUCGUCGCCGCGACCUUCAGUUCACUCUGCCAUUGAUGGUCCCUCUUGCGCCUCACAUUCGCAUCGUUCAGGAGGAUACCUCAUACAUCACUCUCCAGAGCGUAUACGAAGACCACUGCCGGCGCCACGGCAUGUCCAAGGACGACCCUGUUCUCUUCACCAUGGAAAAGCUUCGCGGUGUUCUCGACACUAAGAAUUCGAAGCACGCUGAGCAGAGCGCUACCGCACGACUUGAGGUAUUCAACGCCAUCCAAGAGAAAUGGGUUCCUCACAACUUGGCAUUGGAGUACUUCCAAAGAGCCUUCCCCGACUUCACAGAGUUCUGGCUGUUCCGAAGGCAAUUCUCUUACCAGCUUGCCGCCCUCACCUUCAUGACCUACAUCCUCUACAUGCAUAACCGGUACCCGCAGAAGAUCAACAUUGCUCGCGGAUCCGGCAACAUCUGGGGCUCAGAACUCAUGGCCUACAUGAGCGCCGCUAAGCCCUUCUUCCAUAACCCUGAGCCGGUGCCGUUCCGUCUGACACCCAACCUCCAGACACUGAUGGGACCACUGGCGACGGAGGGAAUUUUCAGCUGCGCUCUUAUGGCCAUCGCUCGCUGCCUCACAGAGCCUGAGUACGAGCUGGAGCAUGCCCUCACCCUCUUCGUGCGCGAUGAGAUGAUCUUCUGGUUCACCAGCUCACACAGAACUGUUCAGAUGACGGAGAACCAGCUCCGGGAUUCCGUCCAGGUGAACAGCGAUUCGGUGGUCAAGCGUGCAGUCAGCUUGGCACAAAGCCCCGUUGGUAACUUGCCUGCCAACCAAACGGUCAUUGACCUGGUUGCCAAGGCAGUCAACCCCAUGAACUUGGCCCAGUGCGACGCGCUCUGGAUGCCGUACUUGUAA